AUGGGGGCCGCCAUGUUGUGCAGGGAAGGAGGACGUCACAUGAUACGAAACCGGAAGAGAAUAAAGCGGCGCCUUCCUUCCGUUUCCCUGGGUCGGGCGGAAGCAGGGACUGAUGCACAGAAUGCUUUCAAAGUACGGAUUAGUAUCAAAACAGCUUUGGGAGAUAAUGCAUAUGCCUGGGAUGCAAGUGAAGAAUACCUGUUCAAGGCAAUGGUGGCUUUUGCAAUGCGAAGAUAUUCCGACAAAGAAACAACUCAAAUUUCCAAUGUGCUGCUUUGCAAUAUGACAGAGAGGGUGUCAUUUUGGUUUGUGGUCACAGACUCUGCCAAAAAUGUGACAACUGUUCCUGGAAGUGAAGUAGAGGCAGCCAUAAGGAUGAACAGAAACAGAAUCAACAGUGCCUUCCUACUGACAGACAACACGCUGCAGUUCUUGAAAAUUUCCUCCACUUUAUCACCACCCAUUGAACCCACUGUGCCUGUCUGGCUUAUCGUGUUCAGUGUUGUUCUUUGCCUCGUUGUGGCUGGAAUUCUUUUUCUUGUUGUGUCAGGAAUCCGACAACGCAAAAAAAAUAACAAUGAGUCUGUAGAGAUAGGCGAUUUAGAAGACAAAUGUGACACACCAGUGACAACAGAAAAUGGGAUUCCUUGCGAUAUACUGGAUUUAAAAGCAGGCCAGAUUAAUGGAGUCUACGCAGCAGAUGAUGAACAGUUCACACCACUAUGAAAUGUCACAGUUUCUUUUUGGCUUCUUUGAGAGAGACUGUGCUAACUUUAUCUAGUCAUGACUGAUGAAUUUCAAACAUCAAGGCAAGAAAAAUAUGACUUGUCAAUUAUUUUCCCUUGAGAGAAACUUUCCUUGAUAAAAUACAAACACACAAAUCUGUAUUACAAAGCUAAAGCAAAUGUGAGGACAUCCACUCAAUUGUUCAUUAAACAUUUUCAAGAAGUGUGUGGUGGAAUGAGGUUGAAGGCUGUCUUACAUCAGAUGCUUAGUUAUUAACGAUUAUUUAAAGACAUCAUUAUGACUCGUUCAUUGUUCUUCUUCAAGUGAUGUCCCUGUUGGUGCUCAGUUGUAGGUGCGGCAGGGCCUCCUGCACCUGGGAUCGGAGAUCUUCACCAGAAGUGCCUGUAGGACUGCACAUGCGCAUCUUGUCUCUCUCACACUGUACACAGGACAUAUACAUAUAUAUAUAUAUAGAGAGAGAGAGAGAGAGAGAGAGCGCUGUUUGGUCAGACAGACAGCCCCAGUUCCUUUUCUACUACCUUUGGUCUGGGACGGAAGCCGCUAGCAGAGCCUGCUGCUCCUCAUAGAUAGUUCCUUACCUGAUAGAGUAGUUAGUAUUUUCCUCUUCUUCUUUCAACUUCUAUCUGUAAAAAAAUUCUUUCCUUUGGUUUUAACUUUAUCUUUACAAUUAUUCUCAUAGCUUAGGUUUCCAUAUUGCCCACUUCCCGCCUUCCAGACUGGGAAGCCCUUUUCCCUUAUGCCCGGCUCUCCCAGGUAUAAGAGCAUUCUUGUUGGGCCACCUUCUCGAUAAUGGACAUCCACCCACAGUGUAUCCACUGUCUGGGAGAGGGACACGUCCCUCAAGUUCUCACUGCCUCAGCCUGAAACCAGAGCUAGAAAGAAUUGGGAUAUUAGAUUGAAACUUCUCCUCAUGGAGAAAUCGCUACAUCCAGGAUUGGACCUGGGCCCGGAUUCUUCCCCAGAGAGGCCUUAAUGCUCUGCCAGAUUGUCUGCCGACCCCCACUCUCCAUGCCCUCUGAAGAGAAAGUCAUCCGUGAUCAUGCAGAUGACAAGAGACAGGCUUCCUUCUCCUCACACUCUCAACCCUCCAGAACACCAUUCCUGGCUAUGUCGGUGGCUUCAACCUCAUCCAACAAAAGACAUAGCUCCAGGGCACAUCCAGGUAGCUCUGGUACUGGCUUAAAGAAAUGGUCUAAAGACAUUGUCUGGACACCUUCAGCCCUCGACGCCGUUUCCCAGCUCUGGGGAGCGAAGCAGCCCGCUUGCAGGAGCUAUGGCACCAACACUGUUUCUGGCACCGACAAAGCUGUUGGCACCGAGUAAGUCCUCAGCACCAUCAAAAUAGUUGGCACUGGCCAAGUCACCAGCACCGACCGAAUCAUCAAUACCAAAAUCGUCAGCAUCAGGCAAGUCAUCGGUACCGGCCAAGUCACUGGCACCAGCCAAAUCUCUGGUGCCAUCUUCUGAAACUUCAGGGACAUACACUCUCUCUCCAUCACUGUGUGUUACAACGGCUCUGAUAAUGCUCCUUCCCCUUCCACAAGACUUCAGAUACCCUAAAGACCUCUGGUAUCUGACACUCCCGAGUCUCGGCUUCUUCCCCCCAUUUCUACCCUCCUCUCUGGACUUACGACAUUCCUCCCUCUCUCUGUCAAGGACAACACCUUCCUUCCCCAGUGAGGAGGAGGAAGAGGAGAAGGAGGACUCCAUUGUUCCCUUGACUACUGGACAAAUUGCACCAGCUUAUCCUCACUAUAUGCAGACUACCUCUGGCCCCCGUCCUGGCAGGGUCACUGUGGAUGCAACCACAUGUGCCAUUCCCACCAAACUGACCAUAUUGGGACCCUUCGGCCAGGUACAGGGCACAAUUUGGGAACCGUCCCAGAAAGCAAAGCCAGAGACCUACACUUCUCCUUCUCCAUCAAUCUCUCAUCCUUAGGAAGUGAAACCACGACUGAUACCAACUCAGGAGGAAGAGUAGGAAAAGGAGGUUCCCCCAACUUUACAUUUUUCCUCCUCCUCACCUGAUGAGGCAAUUAUGUUCCAUCCCCUACAUCUGCCAAUGACUUCAGGCACUUUCAAGAUCUAUUCCAUAGGAUUGCAAACUCCCUACAGAUCCCUUUGGAGGAAGUCAAAGACCAACAGCAUAAACUGUUGAUAUCCUCCACGCAUCCUCUUUCUCAAAGAUCACACUACCAAUCAAUGAGGCUUGUCUCGAAUCUGCAAAAGUUCUGUGGCAGACCCUGGCUUCCAUCCUUCCAACCUGCAAACACACCGACAGAAAAUAUGUUCCGGCAAAGAAUGCUGAAUUUUUAUUUUCACACCCCACCCCAAAUUUGUUGAUGGUCAAUGCGGUGUAGGAAAGGAGCCGUCGGUACCAAUCUUGAUCUAGCCAGCCAGCCAGAGAUUGGAAAUGUCUGGACCUAUUUGGAUGCAAGACAUACUCUUCAGCCACAGUCCAGUUUAGGAUUUCAAAUUAUGAAGUUCUCAUGGCCAAGUAUAAUUAUCUGAACUACUCCAAAUUGGAGGAACUUUGCUAUGAUCUACCAAAGACCAAAAAGGAGCUAUUCCAGUCCUUGAUAUUGGAGGGAUACCUCCUAGCCUGUACAGCCUAUAAGCCUCAUUAAGACUCUGCAGACACAGCUGCUCGAUCCAUCGCAACUGCUAUGGUCAUGAGGCAUGCAUCAUGGCUCCACCUCUUGGGCUUUCCUAAGGAGGUACAAACCACAAUAGAGGACUUACAAUUAAAAGGCUAGAACUAUUCUCUGAGUGUACAGAUGACUCUUUGCACUCCCCUAAAGACACCCGAGCUACAUUUCAUUCUCUCAGGAUAUGCACACCAGCACCAAAGAGACGCUCAGGGAAGUACCAACUCCCACCGCAAUCCCAAACUCAACAAUAUAUCUCUCAAUGCCACUACAACACCCAACGCCACUGACAAAGGCCUCCGUCUAAAUGUAAACGGCCCACUUCUCAAGGGGCUCUCUCUCAUGUACUGGCACCAAAGCAACAAUUUUGAAGGUGUGGUCAAGGCCCCAAGAAGCCUUCCCUUGUUCCAGUCAUCCCCACCAUCUCUGAUGUUCCAAUAGUUUGGUGACCAACUAGCUCAAUUUUUCCCAUCUUGGAGUCUCAGCACCUCAGAUAAAUGGAUUCUAGAGAUAGUCAAGGAAGGAUACUCCUUCCCCUUCCAAUUCCCCCCCCCCCCGCUUUCCCUCUUCAGGGACCCCUCUCAUAAGUCCUUUCUACGGGAAGAAAUAAAUCACCUUCUGCAACUGGGAGCCAUAGAACAGGUCCCUCCCCAACACAUGAGAAAGGAUUUCUACUCCCACUCUUUUCUGAUUUAGAAGAAGCCUGGUGGCUGGCAUCAUAUCCUAGACCAUCACAAUCUAAACAGAUUCAUCAAGCUGCAAUGUUUCAAGAUGGUUACCCUCUCUACUAUUAUCCCAGCAUGGAACAAUGGGGCUGGUUCUCUGCCCUCAACCUCCAAGAUGCAUCCUUUCAUAUUUCUAUACAUCCUGCCCAUAGACGAUUCCUCUGGUUUGUCGUGAGCACUGACCACUGUGAGUACAAAGUACUGCCCUUCAGACUAUCCACAGCACCUCGGGUGUUCUCCAAGGUCCUCGUGGUAGUUUCAACCUACUAAGGAAAAAAGGAAUUAUCAUUUUUCCAUACUUUGAUGACUGUCUCCUGGAGACCCCAUCUGAAAUCUAUGCUCUACAAGCCACCCACUUAAAAACAGAUCUGUUCAUGAAGCUAGGUCUCCUCGUAAACCUAGAAAAGUCCACCCUAACACCAGUACAACAGCUGGAAUUAAUUGAUGUGCAGUUAUAUGUCAUAUAAUCAGAGCCUUCCUACCAUCUCUCAGAUUCUCAGCGAUAACAGAUCUAGUAUCUGCUGCCUGGAUCUGCCCCCAGAUCUCUGCACGAAUGUGCUUCCGGCUUCUAGGUCACAUGGCAGCAGCUACGUUUGAGGUCAGGCAUGCAAGACUGCACAUGCUGUGUCUUCAAGCAUGCCUCCGUACUGUAUACUUCCCCCACAAGCACAGCAUUCACAAACUUUUAUCUGUGCUGAGGCGAGUCAAAGAUUAACUGCUGUGGUGGACACAGCCCAGCAACAUCUGUGUUGGAGUUCCUUUCGUACAACCAUCACCGACUAUGAUCCUAGUCACCAAUGCCUCCCUAAUCAAUUGGGGGGUGCAUCUACACAAACGCUCAGUGCAGGGUAGAUGGUUGUCCACUGAAGUCAUCUUACACAUCAAUGUCCUAGAGCUACGAGUGGUCUGCAGUGCCUGCCGAUAUUUCCUACCUCUUCUCAAACAUCAUAACAUAAAGAAUGAUGAUGGACAAUCUCACCUGCAUGUAUUACAUCAACAGGCAGGGUAGAGUGAGGUCCCACUCUUUAUGCUCAGAGGCGAUCAAACUGUGGAACUGGUAUAUCCACAAGAACAUCUCCAUUUCAGUCAUGUACCUCCUGGGACACCAGACCACCACCAAGGACACACUGAGCAGGACAUUCUCACACGAUCACGAGUGGGAGCUGGAUAUGUGAGCACUUGAACCCAUAUUCAGCUGAUCGGGCCUUCCCACCAUAGAUCCCUUUGCCACUCAACACAACACCCACUUCCCUUAAUUCUGAUCCAGAAUGGGACUGGGGCAUGGAUUGCUGGGAGAUGUAUUCCUCAUAACCUGGGACGCACCACUCCUUAAUGCCUUCCCUCCUUUUUCCUUCCUAUUCUGAGUACUUUGCAAAAUAGAGAGGACCGAACUCAUGUCUUACUAAUAGCUCCAACAUGGCCACUACAGGUCUGGUAUACUUACCUUCUAUGCAUGAUGGUAUGCCGACGAAUCUCUCUCCACCUAACACCAUGGCUCCUCUCACAGGACACAUUUUCCAUCCCAAUCCACAGAUGCUCUACUCAGAGCCUGGCUCCUCUGUGGUUCCAGGGUCCAGAAAUAAUCUGCUCAGAUACUGUCAAACAGAUACAAUUGAUUAGUAGGCGUGACACAAUCAGAUACACUUACAUUCACAAAAGGACUAGAUUUCACUGCUGGUGUGCCUCACAUUAGGUAGAUGCAGCACACGCUCCGUUGCCAUUUAUUCUUGACUACGUUCUACACCUUAAACAGUCAGCAUUGGCCAAUAGUUCUGUUAGGGUACAACUGGCAGCAAUCACUACCUUUCACGCCCCCUUUGACAGCCACUCCUUCGCACAUCUGCUCACAAAGUGCUUCUUGAGGGGUAUUCAAUAUCUCUAUCCCCAUAUAUGAUAGCAGACCCCGGCCUGGGACCCCAGGCCAGUCCUACAUUCUCUGACUAAGCCCCCAUUUGAACCAGUGGCAACCUGUUCUUACAUACACCUAUAAAUGAAAAUGGCCUUUUUUGUCUCCAUCACCUCUGCUAGACAGGUAGACGAAAUCAUGGCCCUCAUGGCAUAUCCACCAUACACAGUGUUUUAUAAAGAUAAAGUUACACUGUGCCCACACCCAAGAUGCUUACCUGAGGUCCCAACAUCUUUUUAUCGCAAUCAACCGAACUUCCCGAAGCCUCAGAGUAAUAAAAAGGAGGCAACUUUUCACACCCUAGACAUAAGGUGCGCAUUAGCCUCUACUUGGACAGGACUAAACCCUUCCAGAAAUCUCCACAAUUAUUCUCCUUUACCACCAAAAGUUCCAGAGGCACUGCCAUAUCUAAACAACGCCUCUCUAAGUGGAUCUCACAGUGUAUGGGUUUAUCUUAUGAUGUUGACGAUAGACAACCUCCUAUCUCAGUCAGUACACAUUCCACAUAUUCGUUAUCUAUCUCGAUUGUCUUUCUUAAUAAUGUCCCCAUUGAUGACAUUGAUAAGGCUGUUACAUGGGCUCCGACAGACACUUUCAUCCAGCGCUAUGCUAUUACGCAGGACAUCUCAACAGACACUCUCCUAGGGCAGGCUGUCCUCUCCUUGGCAAUACGUGUCGCUCUGAAGCCCCAGCCUUCCAACUAGGGACACUGCUUUAUAGUCACCUGCAGUGGAGCACCCACAGGGACAUCACUCGAAGAAGAAGAGGGUGACUCAUCUUGUGCAGUAACUGAGGUUCUUCAAGAUGUGUCCCCCCAUGGGUGCAAAUUAAUUCCAAUUCUCCAACGAGAGACUGCUGAAUUGGAAUUAAUUUGCAAACUGGAUACAAUUAACUUAGGCUUGAAUAGAGACUGGGAGUGGAUGGGUCAUUACACAAAGUAAAACUAUUUCCCCAUGUUUAUUCCCCCCCCCCCACUGUUCCUCAGACGUUCUUGUCAAUUGCUUGAAAUGGCCCACCUUGAUUAUCACUACAAAAGGUUUUUUCCCGCCCCCCCGCUCUCCUGCUGGUAAUAGUUCACCUUAAGUGAUCACUCUGGUUAUAGUGUGUAUGGUAACACCCAUUGUCUCAUGUUCUCUAUGUAUAUAAAUCUUCCCAUUGUAUUUUCCACUGAAUGCAUCCGAUGAAGUGAGCUGUAGCUUACGAAAGCUUGUGCUCAAAUAAAUUUGUUAGUCUCUAAGGUG